GGGCGCACAGACGCUGCUGCGUGGGCACGCGCCGCCAGCAUGUUCGACGAAUUCGUACAGAGCUCGCGCUCUGCCGGGCUGGAGGCCAGCGUAUCGAGCAUGCCUGGGCCCUCGCGCGCCGGCAAUGUGGGCCUGACGGCGCUGGGCUCGGCGCAGGAUGUGGAUGGCGAUGGCUUUGAGCUGGACGGCCCGGUCGAGCCGCUGACUGCUCUCGAGACAGGCUUCGUCUCCAGCGACCUCGACGGCGCCUCGCUCGUGCCCAUCUUCCAGCUCGGACGCGUGCAGUAUGCCUUUCCUGCGCCGCUGGCGCUGCUCACCGUCGCCUCGAACAUCCUCACCAUGUGCCUCUACUCCUAUCCGUCGCUGCAAGCCGGGGGCGGCUUCGAGAGCGCCGCCGCACAGCGGCCACGACUGGUGCGCAUCAAUCUGGACGACCCAGAGCGGACAGAGGAGGCCGAGGUGCCGCUGCCGCCACAGCCGCGGACACGCAAUGCGCCGCCGAUCGAUCCGAACCUGCUCGGGCCGCACAAGAUGUUCUCGGAUCCCAGCGGCCGGCAUCUGGUGCUGAGCAUGCGCUCCGGCGACAACUUCUACUGGUUCUCUGGCUGGAAGAAGGCGCGGCCACUGCCGCGGCUCAAGGGCCUCGUGCUCGAGAGCAUCGCGUGGAACCGCGCGGCAUCUGAGCAGCUCGCAUCGAGCUCGCAGGGAUCAGCGCGGCGGCCCAUCUCCUCGCCGCUCUCCACGCGCGAGAUCCUGCUGGGCACGCGCGCCGGUGAGAUCUACGAGGCAGUCCUUGUGGCGCCGCCAGGCGGCGACCUGGACGAGGGCGACUUCCUGGACCGCCUCACCAGGCGGACAGCCGGCGGCAGCAGCUCCGGGCCCGAGAUCGAUCGCGUCUUGAGGCAUGUUUUCACGCUGCCGGAGCAACAGGCCGCCACGGGCCUGGCGGCUGAGCCUCUCACUGGCUCGUCGAAGGGCAAGGGCAAGGCCGUCGUCAUCAUCACGACGAGCACGCGCAUCUACGAGAUCCUUGGGCCGCUAGGCAAGAGCAAGAAGGACGAGAGCGAGGGCGAGAGCCUCUACGACGCGCUGUUCGAGCCGUAUCGCGGAGAUGCCGCGCCGCCAUUGCGGUCCGAGCUGCCUGGCGAUCUGCCCUACUCUGAGCUGCAUCUAUGGGCUGCCAACGAGCGCAAGUCGCCAAAGGCCUUAGCAUGGCUUACCGGCCCGGGCGUCUACCACGGGCUGCUGUCGUUCGCCGAGCAGGAAGGCGCCGACACCGUCGUCGACAGCGCCAACCUGCUGCCCUACCCCGCGGUCGCGCUGGAGGAGGACGAGGCAGAAAGCGCAGCCAACGGCGGCGGCGGCACGGUGGCUGAGAUCCCGCUGUCCAUUGCGCUCACCGAGUUCCACUUUCUGCUGCUCUACCGCGACCGCAUCAUGGGCAUUAGCUCGCUCGACGACCGCGUCGUGUUCGAGGAGGUGCUGCCGCUCAAGCCGCACGAGCGCGUCAUCGCCGCAGCCGUCGACCCGAGCCGCCGUACGUACUGGGUGUACACGGACGCCAGCAUCUUCGAGCUCGUCGUCAAGGACGAGGACCGCGACGUGUGGCGCGUGUACCUCGAGCGCGGCUCGCACGACACGGCGCUGCGCUACGCCAAGACGCCGGCACAGCGCGACAUGGUGCUCUCCAGCCAGGGCGACCGCUUCUUUGCCGAGGGCCGCUUCAUCCAGGCGGCGCAGUGCUACGCACAGACGUACGCCCGCACCUUUGAGGAGAUCGUGCUGCGCUUCCUCGACGCUGCCGAGAACGACGCGCUGCGCUACUACCUCGUGAUGCGGCUGGAGCGCCUGCGCAAGACGGACGUCACGCAGCGCAUCAUGCUCGCCACGUGGCUCGUCGAGAUCUACCUCAGCAAGAUCAACGAGCUCGAGGACGUCGCCGCGGCCGAGGCAGCUAGCACGAACGUGGAGAACUACCGUGUGGAGCAGGAGAUGCUGGAGGAAGAGCUGCGGCAGUUCCUCGUCACUUACAAGGAGAACUUGGACCGCAAGACGGUGUUCAACCUCAUCGGGCGGCACGGCCGCACGAGCAUCCUGCUGCACUACGCGUCCGUGAUCCAGGACCACGAGCGCAUCGUGCGGCACUGGGUACAGGAGGAGGGCUGGGAGCAGGCCAUCGAGGCGCUGAACCGGCAGUCCUCGCUCGCACUGUACUACCGCUUCGCCGCUGUGCUCAUGCGCAACUCUCCGCAAGCGACCGUCGACUCGUGGACGCGUCAGCCGGCAUUGCAGCCGCGGCGGCUCAUCCCUGCGAUGCUGCAGCACAAGCCGAGCUCGGGCGGAGCGAACCAGGCGGUGCGCUACUUGCGCCACGUCAUCGACGUGCAGGACAACACCGACGCUGCGGUGCACAACUUGCUCCUCACUCUGUUGGCACGCGGCGCGCCGCACGAGCCGCGGGAGAGGGGCGAUGCGGCUCUGUUGACCUUCAUCGCCGACAGUCGGCCAAAUCCGAGGACCGGCGCUCCGUGCUACGAUCUCGACUACGCCCUGCGCACGUGCAGCGCCAACGGACGGCAGGAGGCAUGCAUUCGCAUCUAUGCCAAGAUGGGUCUGUAUGAGAGCGCCGUCGACAUGGCGCUGCACGGCGGCGACAUCGAGCUGGCGUGCAUCUGCGCCGAUAUGGCGGAGGGCAACACGAGCCUGCGGCGCAAGCUGUGGCUCAAGGGCGCACGGCAUGUGGUCGAGACGAAGAAGGACAUCCGCGCCGCGAUGGUGUUCCUCUCCCGCACAGAUCUGCUCUCCAUCGAGGAUAUCCUGCCGUUCUUCCCCGAUUUCGUCGUCAUCGACGACUUCAAGGACGAGAUCUGCGGCGCGCUCGAGGGCUAUGCAGCGCGCAUCGAGGCACUCAAAGACGAGAUGGACGAGGCCGCGCGCAGUGCCGACUCGAUCCGUGCCGACACUGCCAACCUGGCCAAGCGCCUCGUCACCGUCGAGCCCGAUGAGAAGUGCGCCGUGUGCGACCAGACGCUGCUGCAGCGGCAGUUCUACGUCUUUCCCUGUCGCCACAGCUUUCAUGCCGACUGCCUCAUCGCCGAGACGACGCGGCACCUGCCGCAGCGCACCCUGCGACGCAUCCUCGAGCUGCAGGAGCAGCUGUCGUCGCUCACGUCUGGCCUCAUCCCAGCGCCGCCACCGCUAUACGCAUCCGCGCUGGCGCAGGUCGGCCGCGUCACGCGCAAGGGUGCAGGCGCCGCGGCGAGCAUACCCUUCGUCGGCCUAGACCGCCUGCGCGAGUUCAUCCUGCCGGACGCCAUCGUUGGCGCCAUCAGCGCCGGCGUCAGCGUCGGCGUGUCGAGCGGGCGACGGGUGCUCGACCCACUCUCGUCGGCCUCGCCGUCGGAGGGCCGCGCGAGGCUGGCAGCGCUCGGCCAGACGAGCACAGAGGCCGACGGACACGCCAAUGCUGUCGCGCCAUCACGCAAGAUGGAGGAAGAGGAGCGCAUCGAGGAGCUGCGCGACGAGCUCGACAGCCUCGUCGCCAGCGCCUGCGUCGUCUGCGACGGCAGCGUCAACGCCAUCGCCCGGCCGUUCAUCAGCGAGCGUGAGGGCGUCGACGAAUGGACGCUGUGAGGGACGCAAUGCAGUCAUUAUUGCGGUCG